CAUCUCCUCCACCACCAUCACCACCACCACCACCACCACCGCUAACGUUUGAAAACCCGCUAAUCAAAAGAGACUACUACACAUUACAGAGAUUUAAAAAACGAAUCGAGAAGGACCCAAAAGGCAUCACGAAUAAUUGGAAUGGCCCAAAUAUCUGCAACUACAGGGGCUUAACAUGCGAAAAACUUCCAGACAAACGCAAAUGGAGAUCCCUCGCCGCAAUUGACUUUAAUGGCGCUGGCUUCUACGGAAAGAACCUCACUCUCGGUGACUUCCUAGAAAAAUUAAAUGAAUUAGCCAUUUUCCACGCAAAUUCAAAUAACUUCACAGGGGCUAUACCAUCAGGUGUAUCAAAACUCCAAUAUAUGUACGAGCUUGAUGUCAGCAACAACAAGCUCAGAGGCGAUUUUCCGAUGGAAGUGCUCAAAGCCAAGAACCUAACCUUCUUGGAUUUGAGGUUCAACAGUUACAAAGGGAUGGUUCCGAGAGAGGCAUUCGAUCUAGAUGUUGACGUUCUUUUCAUCAACAACAACGGUUUCACCCAAUGCCUUCCCGAAAACAUCGGAGACACGACGGCGCUGUUUCUGACAUUCGCUAACAACCACUUCACGGGUCCAAUUCCGAGCAGCAUUGGCAAAGCCAAGAACCUUCUAGAAGUACUUUUCCUAAACAACAAGCUCUCAGGGUGCUUGCCGCCUGAAAUCGGCUUCCUGAAAAAGGCCACAGUCUUUGAUGCCAGCAUCAACAAAUUAACGGGUCCGAUACCUUAUUCCUUCGGAUGCUUGAUGAAGAUCGAGAUCCUGAACCUUAACAACAAUGAAUUGUACGGCGAGGUGCCGGAGAUCGUGUGCAAGCUCCCCAACAUUGCAAAUCUCUUUUGUUCAUACAGGUAGGACCUGAAUGUAGAAAAUUAAUAAAGGCGAAAAAGCUUCACAUUAAGAAGAACUGCAUUUCAGGCGUUCCGGAUCAAAGACCAGAAACAGAAUGCGCUGCAUUCUUCUCUAAACACAGGUAUUGUUCCGACGAGAAGUUGAUGAAAUGGAUUCCUUGUAAGAAAGAUUUGAGUUGGAACGCGGUGGGGACGAACUUGGAGGAGAAGAAAAUUAGUGGUACUGCAUCAGGAAGUUUCACAUAUGGCACUCUUGUACCUCAUCGACCGUGAUAAAUUUAUAUUAAUUUUUAUCUUCUUGAAUUUGAGUCAUCAAAAUAAUAAUGAUGGGUCUUGGAUAUAAAUGUUUAAGGGUGCAUUUAAGGUUAUUGUAAGUAUGAUUGUGGUUGUGCUU